AUGCUUUCAACAAGAACAAAAGACUGUUCCGAGUUGUUGGUUCAUGACGCCAGGCUAAGAAGUGGCGUGUACACCAUCACUACUCCUCUCACUCACACACAGGUACAGGUGUACUGUGACAUGGACACUGAUCGAGGAGGCUGGACGAUAUUUCAAAGACGUUUCAACGGAAGUGUUGAUUUUUACAGAAACUUUAGUGACUAUGAAAACGGAUUCGGCAAUGUGGCUGGUGAAUAUUGGCUAGUUGAUUCGAGUUACACAUUCUUCACAGACUCGGCACAUAAACCUGUUGGAAAUGCCUCUAGUACGUAUGAUCAUGAUGUUGACAACGAUGCGACCAAUUGUACCGAAACGUACAAAGGUGGCUGGUGGUAUAAUGCGUGCUUCUACAACAUUAACCUAAAUGGCUUGUACAAACCUGGACGCUUUGAUCUUACGUCUAUGAAAUAUGACAAUGGCGUUGGACUUACUUCGAGCACGAUUAUGUUUAAAGACACAUUCCAGAAAGCAUGA